AUGGCUGAUAUUGAGAGUACGAUGGAUAAGAAACUUCAGGCAGCGCAGGAUGCGCUGAAGAAGGAACUCAACGGUCAAAUGCUCGGGAAUGAAGCCGCCCUUCCAAGGGUCAGCCCUGACAUUUGGAGGCAGCUCGAAGAAUCGAUCAGUGAUUUCUUACGCGCAGCUAAGCCUCUCUUGUCUCCUGCAGAGUUUGAAGAGACGCAGCAUCUCGCCAAGCAGUUCCUGCAGGAGGAGGGGCCUGUAAUUCACGACAAACUUCUUGAAUACGAUGCCAUGCCUGGCAUCAAUAGCUACAUAGAGAACUUCUGGGAGGACGCGUAUCUCACGCAACGGAGCUCCAUUGCCAUCAACACCAACCCCUUCUUUGUGCUCGAAGAUGAUCCUACUCCCUCGAGAACGUCACAGAUUGCGCGAGCAACAACGUUGGUCUGGUCGAGCCUCAAGUUCUGUCAGGGCGUGCGAGCCGGCGAGCUCGAGCCGGACAUGUUUCGCACCACUCCUCUUUGCAUGCGCCAGUACCUCCGACUGUUUGGCACUUGUCGCAUCCCGCGAGCAGCUCGAGACGACGUGAGGACGUGUGCAGAGGCGCGACACAUCGUGGUGAUGUGUCGCGGUCACAUCUACUGGUUCAACGUAUUAGAUGGCAGCGGCAGGCUCUGCAUCUCCGAGUCGAUCCUCCGCGAGACUCUCCGCUCUAUCCGCGAGGACAGCAUCGCCUUCACCCCCGAGCAGAACAUCAGCAACGCUGUUGGCAUCCUCACCAGCACAGACCGCGAGACCUGGGCGAGGUGCCGCGAAACUAUCUCCAGCAUGUCGGAGCACAACGAGAAGAGUCUGAGGAUCGUCGACGAGAGCCUCUUCGUCCUGUGCCUCGACGACAAUUCGCCUCAGAGCCCGGCCGACAUGGCCAAGUGCGCCCUACAUGGCACGUCGGUAGUCGAGUCGUUUAUGGGAAGCUCGGGGAUGCAAGUGGGGACGAGCAUUAACCGCUGGUACGACAAGAGUCUGCAGCUGGUGGUCUGUCAGAAUGGCGCUGCAGCGAUUAACUUCGAGCACUCGGUGAUUGACGGCUACACCGUGUUGCGCUUCGCUUCUGAUGUCUUCACUGAAACUAUCCUUCGGUUUGCCGGCAAGGUUGACCUUCAAGUCCUUGAGUUUGCCAACUACGGCAAAAAUUUUAUUGUCGACCAGAGAAUGUCACCGGACGCCUACGUGCAGAUAGCAAUGCAGGUGGCUUACUACCAGCUCUACAAGGAGACAGCCUGUACCUACGAAACGUUGAUGACAAAGAAGUUCUUCCACGGAAGGACCGAGGCUGGCUUUGUGGUCACGGAGGAGAGUACGCGUCUGGCUGAGAGUUUCGAUCGCAAUUCGCUCGAAGUCUCCAAGGAGCUACUCAAGAAGGCGCUUGACGCGCAUGUCAAGGUCGUCAAGCUUGGUUCCGAGGGGCGAGGAAUCCGUCAUCUCUAUGCCCUCAAGUGCCUCUCUGAACGAGGCCGAGCGGCCUGGUGGAGCCCCAGGCUUCUCGGAGCGACUUCAACGGUCACACUGCCGGACCUUUUCAAGGGAGUCGCAUGGAAAAAGCUUAACCGACAUGUCAUCAGCUCGAGCAACUGCGGUAAUCCAGCUCUCCGUCUCUUUGGCUUCGGGCCUGUUUGCGAGGAUGGAUUCGGGUUUGGCUACAUCAUCAAAGACGACAACAUGCAGAUUCUGCUGCUCACGUUUUUCAUCCUUCGCUUCCAGUUCUGCGUGUCGUCUUUUAACCGACAGACGUCGAGGCUCAUCGCAGCUUUGGAAGACACCCUGCUCAACUUCAAGAGGUCCCUACAGGGACAGACUACUCUGAUGCCGCUCUCUCCUGCUUACGGCUCCAUGAUCACCCAGAAGGCAACUACCUCCCAUCCAACCUCUUCUGCCUUGCUCUCAUCAUGUCAUCCCUUUCUCUGAGGCGAAGAAUUGACAAGCGUCUUCUCGCUCGUCAUGUUCUGCAGGAUGGAAGCAGCUCGUCGCGCUUGCUCCAGCUCCUUCUCCACCUGCAGGCGCAGCAACUAACCGUCAGAGGAUGUGAAAUAGAACGAGAGCCCACAAGAGAUGUGAGCGGGGAUGAGGGAGAGGGAUGUAGUAAGCAGGAAGGGGAUCACUGACAAGGACGAGGUGGAAAGAGCGAAGAGCAGAGGAAUGAGAGAAGCUUUUUGAUACCUGCUGUUUCUCCUGCUCAACUGCAAGUGCUUUCUCUGCUGCUUUGCUUCUAAAGCCUGAAGCCUGUC